AUGGCGGCCGCCACCUGCGUUCUCGACCCGUCCUGCAGCGCCGAGGACGUCGUCGAGGACAUGGUGACGGACUCGGCCGCCCGCGAGGACGUGGACCCGUGCGCCGAGCCGCACGCCUCGGUGGACCCGGGGUCCUGCCAGCGGGCGCGCUUCCUCGCCCAGCUCGAUCGAGUACAGCACGGCGUGUUCGAGAAGAAUCCUACUGACAUUCACCUUGACGCUUCCCUAUCCUAUGGGCGAACUCAACACCCGCACCAGCAGCGGCCUGUUGGCGUUGGCGGUGACGUCAGCCCUCCUCUUCCUCCUCACACCUUGUUUCUCACCCACCGCGCCUCUACCCGUGUUGCAGUGCACGACGCCUCCGCCAAGCUGCCCUCCGGCAUCCUCAACGGCAACGUGAACCAGUUCGGCGACUUCCACCAGUGCAUGUCGUCGGGCAGCCCCGACGGUGAGGUGCAGGGCCAGCACUGCGUCGCCUACCUGCAGCUGCUGCUGCGCCAAGAGUACCCCAGCAGCGCGCUCCAGCCGCACCCCGUGCUGGCCGCCAUCUACGACGGCGUCUACUCGCACCACGCCUUCCGCAGCAACUUCGAGGACCCCGGACACCGCGUGCCCCGCUUCUCCACCAUCAACUGGGGCGUGUGCGUGCCGGCCGCGUGCUCCGCCCAGGACGUGGCGCUGCAGGUGGAGGCCUGGAGCCGCGCCGUGACGGAGGGCACGGGCAUUGCGCUGAGGGUGCGCGUCGACCAGGACAUGUGCCAGGUGUACCGGCCCUGGACCAGCAUGCCCACCUCCUCCAUCCUCGCCACGGCCUUCUUCAUCGGCGUGCUGCUGCUGGCGGGCGUGGCCACCUGCUACGACAACCACCUGCAGAAGGCGGCGGCCGCGGCCGAGGCAGAGGGGAAGACCGACGCCAAGGUUUCGGACAGGGGACUCGCCGCGGACCUGUUCCUGGCCUUCUCGCUGCGCAAGAACACGACUGCCCUGCUGUCCACCAGGAGGUCCAGCGACGACAUAGAGAGCGUCCACGGCAUCCGCUUCUUCAACGCCAUGAUGCUGGUCCUGUGCCACAAGUCGAUGUCUGUCUUCUACAACGGCUACAGCAACCGGACGGAGAUGAGCGAGGGCAUUGGGCAGCAAUGGACUGUCGUCGCGCGCGCCGCCAGCCUGUACACUGACCCCUUCAUCAUGCUCAGCGGGCUCCUAACAUCAUACGCUUAUGUGAAAAAGCUGGAGAGGGGACAGAAAAUUCAUGUUGUAGAAGAGCUAAGAAACCGGCUUAUAAGAUUGGUUCCCUCACUGGCUGCCCUCAUCUUGUUCUGUUCAUUCGUACUUCCCUGGUUGGGCUCUGGGCCAAUGUGGAACCUUGUCAUCAAAACUCACUCAGACAUUUGCAAGCAGCAUUGGUGGAGGAAUUUACUAUUCAUCCACAACUGGUUUGGUUUUGAAAAUAUGUGCCUCACUCACACUCAUCAUGUUGGAAUAGAUACGCAAUUAUUUUUAGUCUCUCCCAUAUUUGUUUGGCUUCUCUGGUCCAGACCUAAGCAGGGUCUUGUUAUUCUGGGAGCAGUGUCUGCAAUUUCUACCGCACUGAGAUUUUACUUUACUUACCACCAUCAACUAAGCUUCUUUGUGUACUUCGGCUCAUCAGUUUCACAAAUGUUCAGGACAGCUGAUCUAUCCUACAUAAUGCCAACACAUCGCCUCACUGUUUAUCUAAUGGGUGUAGUGCUUGGAUAUGCUCUUCGUCAUUGUGGUCGUGACUUCAAAUUGAAACAGUCACACUUAACUCUGGGAUGGACCUUAGCAGCCAUAUGUUUGUACCUAUCAGUGGUGACACCCUCUUUCAUGGGGAAAGUAGGCUACAGAUAUGAAGCCAUUCACGCAGCAAAUUAUGCUGCAUUUGCUCCAAUCACUUGGUGUUUCCUAUUUGGCUGGAUUAUUUUUGUAUCCUACAUAGGCAAGGGAGGAGCUAUUGGACGCUUCUUCUCAUGGCAUGGAUUUCUUGUUUGCACAAGACUGUCCUAUGCCCUUUACCUCACCCAAUUCCCUGUUUUCUUCUAUAAUGUUGGACUCACAAAUGCUCCUAUCCAAUACAGCGUGUUCAUCAUGUUCAAUGUAAAAGAGACCAUCGCAAUCUUCAUCGUAUCUGCUCUCCUCACCAUACUUUUUGAGAUGCCAGCACAAAACAUUAAAAACGCUAUAAGUAGAUACAGGAAAGCUUUACCUGCUGGCAAGACAGUAGGGAGCAUCCAGGAACCUCAGAAGUUAAAAGUACAGUAAUUGUGGUCAAAGUGAUUGCUUUAAACCCAACAAAAAUAAGUCAUAUUUAUUGAACAAAACUAGCAAUUGAACUAUACUUGGUCAAUAUGAGCCACAAUAGGAGAAUUCAAAAACGGCUUCCGUACACAGGGUACUACAAAAACAAUCUUAGUAAAUCCUUAGCAACGAAAUGAGUGCUUAAGCUAGAGGGGGUUUAAGGCAAAAUGGUUAGCAUGGUGAGAAUUUAUGAAUAAUUCGAGUGUCAUUUAGAAUUGUCCUUUAUCAGUUAAAUAUCAAUUUCAGCUGAAGGCCAUUCAGCAGUAAGUAUUUAUUAUUUUACCUACAAUGUAUGCAAUUUAGAUAAUAAGUUUGUUUUACCCCAGUGUAGAAACAGUUGUAAAUAAUUGUGAUAUAUCAAAUAAUUUUAGUCUAAGUUGGGCCAUGCUUGAAAUGUAAAGCAAGCAAAGAGCGCUGCUCCUUUUAACACUGUAUACCUAAGCCAGACUUUAGAUGCCACUUAACGUGACCGGGCGCUAGAAAACUGCAACUGCUGUAUGCAGCCAGCCGAGAGGCAUUCAUACGCUGGUCCAAGUGGAUACCCUACAAACAAUGGUGUUUCUGAUGCCCAUUUCCAGUUGAGGAAUUUCCAAGCACAAGAGGUUUCAGUUCAAAUGUAUGAGCAUGGUUGCACUCAAGUGCAGAAGGCUGUGAUAUUGUUUAUAAAAUACUGCAAAUGCAUGUAUAGAUGUAAUCUCCGAAACUAAAUAAAAUUGUUAUAGAAAUGUA